UUAUAAAAUAAAUAAGAGCAGGGGCGAACGUUCUAAAGAAUGGGGCAAAUUAAAGGAAUAUGAAACGAGUAAUCUUUUCUUUUUUUAAAAUAUUGAUCCCACAUAACUACACAAUCCAUUUAUGUAUAUUAUUAUUAUUAUUGUAUUAUUAUGUAUCUCAUUUGCUCGAGCCUGACCUGCUCCAAACUUUGAAGUUCCGAGCAAGUUCAGUGUUGCAAACCCGAACUUUGUCAAUUUGUCAAUGUCAAUUGUCAAUCACAGGAUUUCAUGUUGACAUGUUAUUUGUAACCUAAAAAUUUUAAAAUGCUAAAUUUAUAUUUUUUUUGAAAAUGUUUACUUAAAACUUCACUGAGAACAUGGAAAACAAACUUAAAAAGUACGAAAAGAUCGAAUUCUUGGGAGAAGGACAAUUCGCCACAGUCUACAAAGCCCGAGAUGUAGACACCGACAAUAUCGUCGCCGUUAAGAAAAUUAAACUAGGCAGCAGACAAGAAGCCCAAGACGGUAUUAACCGGACAGCACUUAGAGAAAUUAAAUUGUUGCAAGAACUCCACCAUGAUAAUAUAAUAGGGUUGUUAGAUGUAUUUGGACACAUGUCCAAUGUGUCUUUAGUUUUUGAUUUUAUGGAUACAGAUCUGGAAGUUAUCAUUAAGGAUAAUAGUAUAAUUCUUACAACGGCAAAUAUUAAAUCGUACAUACUUCAAACGCUGCAAGGUUUAGAAUAUUUGCAUUUAAAUUGGGUGCUGCACAGAGAUUUGAAGCCCAAUAAUUUACUAGUAAAUUCCAACGGGGUUUUAAAGGUAGGCGAUUUUGGUUUAGCUAAAUUAUAUGGUUCUCCUAACAGAGUAAACACCCACCAAGUGGUUACAAGGUGGUAUAGAGCACCAGAAUUGCUUUAUGGUGCUAAACAGUACAGUACAUGUAUUGAUAUGUGGGCUGUUGGGUGUAUAUUAGCAGAAUUAUUGUUAAGGCUGCCUAUUUUUCCAGGAGAGUCUGAUUUAGAUCAACUUACAAAGAUUUUUGGAGUUUUUGGUAAUCCAACAGAGGAAACCUGGCCUGGUCUGAAGAGCUUAUCUGACUAUAUCGAGUUCAAACCAUUCACGCCGAUCCCUCUUAAGAAUAUUUUUACCGCUGCAGGUGAUGAUUUACUAGAUUUAAUUGAAGCUUUGCUGGUAAUGAAUCCGAUAAAAAGGAAAAAUUGUACUGCUUGCCUUCAAAUGCCAUUUUUUUCCAACAAGCCAGCACCUACAGUGGGCGACAAACUACCCUUACCUCACAGUUUAAGGACAAUGAGAGAUUUAGAUAAACCAUCAUUGAAAAGGAAGCUACUGGAUACAGCUGAAGGAGGCACCUUAUCUAAACGGUUAUUUUUUUAAAAAUAUUUUUUAUUAGGUAUUACAAAUUGUAUUUAAUAAUGAGCUUAAAGUUUUGUUUAUAAUUCCAAUGUUAAUGUUUAUAAUGAUAAUAAAUUUGAUGAGACUUAAAUUUUAUUUAAAGUUCAAACCAACGCGCCUUAUGUAUUUUGACAUAUGACUUGACAUACGUCAAACAACGAUGCCAAAUGUUAAUUUACGUUUAUUCUUGUUCUUGAAAACUGAGUCCGAAUAUGUUUUCCUAAAGACGCAGUGGAAAAUAGCGCUGCCUGAAUAAAUUUACUUUUAUAGAAAACGGAUACUGCUAAAAAUAUGAAAAGGGAAAACGAAUGAACCAUCUGCAUAGGUGACAAAUGUUGAUCUAGUACGAAUAUUUCUGCUACAAACAAGCAACUGGCAACAUUGUUCUAAUUUGUCAAAAAUCGGAAGACCACACUGUCUUGUAAUUUUUAAAAUAAGCAAAAGUUUUUACGUAUUAAAAUAAAUACAAAAUAAUGAAACCCAUCAUAUUACAAGGGCACGAGCGUGCCAUCACUCAAAUCAAAUACAACAGAGAGGGCGAUCUUUUAUUCUCAGCCUCUAAAGAUAACAAGCCAGAUGUGUGGUUCUCACUAAAUGGCGAAAGAUUGGGUACUUUUAACGGCCAUCAGGGAGCUGUAUGGUGUAUAGAUGUAGAUUGGACAUCCACUAGGUUUAUGUCAGGUGCUGGUGACAACACUUGCAAAAUAUGGGAUUGUGAAACAGGUAAAGAACUGGGUAAUAUACAGUCGGCAUCAUCUGUUAGGACAUGCUUGUUCAGUUAUUCAGCCAAUAUGGCUGUUUAUACAACAGAUAAGGCUAUGAAACAGCCUUGCGAGAUGUUUGUUAUUGAUACAAGGACUAUAGAUGAUAGUAUAGGAAGUCAGCAGCCUAUUCUUAGAAUACCAAUCUCCGGACCUAGGAUAUCCUCAAUUUUAUGGGAUAAUUUAGAUGAGAGUAUCAUCACAGGACAUGAAAAUGGUGAAUUAAUAACAUGGGAUCUAAAAACUGGCAAACAGCUAAAUAAAGUAAAGGAACAUGAUGGUCUUAUUAACGAUAUGCAGUGGAACAAGGACCAAACCAUGUUUAUAACUGCUUCUAAAGAUCACACAGCCAAACUCUUUGAUGCCACAGAUUUAAUGUUACUCAAGACUUACAAAACUGAAAGACCAGUCAAUUCAGCUGCUAUCAGCCCCAUUUUGGAUCAUGUAGUAGUUGGUGGUGGGCAAGAUGCUAUGGAUGUAACCACUACUUCUGCUAGAAUAGGAAAAUUCGAUUCCAGAUUCUUCCACAUGGUUUUUGAAGAAGAGUUCGGUAGAGUUAAGGGUCAUUUUGGUCCAAUAAACAGUGUGGCAUUCCAUCCUGAUGGAAAGAGUUACAGUUCUGGGGGAGAAGAUGGUUUUGUUAGAGUUCAUACUUUUGAUUCAUCCUAUUUUGAAUACAACUUUGACUAUUAAAAAUGAACUAUUACAUAGAGAAUGGAGUUGAUUUAAAUAAAAUUUAUAUCCAGCAGAA